CAAUUUAGAAAAUAGUGCUAGUCAACAGUUCACUAAUUUAAUUCAGCAAAAAAUCAAACCAAUUAACAUGUCCCUGUUCCCUGAUAUCACUCCUUUAACUAAGGAAAUCCAAGAAUUUAAAGACAACCAGCAAAAAAAUCAAGCUCAAAUCAUCGCCCUGUUAGAGGAAAUACGAAGUAUUCUUUUAGCCUUACAAAGUAAGGAUGAAGAACAAAACACAUUAUUAAAAGAAUUAUUACCAAAAUAA